AAUUUCCACAUAUCCGCGAAUAUCGAACGUCAAACCAACUUUAUUCCAGUACUCCUCUGUCGUUAGCCGUUUAGCACGAGUAUCUUGCUGUUGACACAAAACCAGUUUGGGACAGCAUGCUUCAGCUUAAUUGGGACAGUCUUUACAGUGUUCUCCAAUGAAGUGAACCACAACAACAUUAAUUAAUCUACUCGUACCUUCUCAUAAUCCUUUUGUUGAUUGACUUUGGUUGAAUGUGCAUUGUGAUGACAUCACAUGACACAUCAUGGCCCAACUCUGCAGAAAAUCGUUGGUAAUGAAACAUCAAACAGCAGAAUGGGGGGAAAAUGUGAUCUCGGUGACUGUGGCAUGAUUGUUGAUGCGAAAACUGUUUUAAAACUGUUGAUCUCCUGGGGUUUUCACACACAAGUCUCUAGAGUUUACUCAGAUUGGUGCAAUAAAGAAAAAAUAUCCGGUGAGCGGCAGUUCUGCGGACGGAAACGCCUUUUUGAUACGAGAGGUCAAUGGAGACUAGCCAGACUGGUUCGAGCUGACAGAAAUGCUACAGUAACUCAGAUAACCUCUUUGUACAGUUGUGCCAUGGAAGAUAAAAAAGCAUGUGUUGCUUUGCAACCCGAGGGAACUGAGAUUCUGAAACACAGUCGCUCUGCAUUUUGUCUUGUGCUAGGAGAAAAAUUUGGUUGUACCGCUGAGAUCCACAAUGUGACGAAUCAUACAACUUCAUCGUUUUCUCACAGCAAAGCAACCAUUGUGCCUGAGAUUAAGUACAGCAAACAGCUGUCUAAUAGCCUGAAGUUGUCAGUGUGGAAAGAUGAUCUUACAACGCAUAAGGCAGAUGCCGUGGUAAAUGCAGCAAAUAAGUAUUUACAUCAUGGAGGAGGACUUGCUCUAGCUCUGAGUCGAGCUGGAGGUCCUAAAAUCCAACAAUGUAGUGAUAAAAUCAUAAAAUCUAAUGGUAGACUUCAGACAGGUCAUGUUGUUGUAACACCAGCUGGAAAUCUCCCUUGUGACAUCAUCAUACAUGCUGUGGGACCCAGUGUAUCACCAAAUGCAUCAGAAAGGGAAAUAAACAAGGCAUCACUAUUGUUACAGAAAGCUAUUUGGAACAUCUUGGUAAAAACCAACUGUACUAACCUGCAGUCUGUUGCUAUCCCUGCCAUAAGCUCAGGCCUUUACAAUUUUCCACGGGAUCGCUGUGCAAACAUCAUUGUGAGCACCGUGAUGUUAUUUAACGAUCAACGCAAUCCAAAUGCCAGGAGCCUCGAGGUCCGUCUAGUGAAUAAUGACGAUCCCUCAGUUAAAGAGAUGCAGAGAGCUUGCAUGGAACUUCUGGGCCCACCUGACCUAAUGCCAACACAAAACUUAAGCAAUGCACCAAGCCAGUCGGUACUCUCCAGUCUGGAUCUGGGGAACAUGGCUCUCCACCUCAAACAGGGUGCCACUGAGCAAGAGACAGCUUUUGAAAAAGAAAUGGCUUCUAUGCAAAAAAAACUGCAUACCUCCACUAUCUUAAGUAGCACCAGGGGAAAAAGUUCAGGUUUUCAUGGCGGUCAUGGGGCUGACACUGGAACACCUCAUUUUGUGCUCUUUGCCCCCUCUCCAGAGGCACUAAGAGAGGCCCAGUUGUGGUGUGUCCAAGUGCUGCAAAAGCCCUCUGGUGAAGUGACGAUAAAUAAUAAUCACGUUGUGUACUUUACCCAGGAGGAUCAUGCAAGCCUGAUGACGCUUCAGGACAGAUUUAAUGUUCUCAUCACAGAAUUCUUUAGGGAAGGCAAAGGAGGCAUUCGCAUCAAUGGUGAGCCUGUACAGGUCGGUUGUGCAGCAUUGGAAGUGGAAGCCAUGUUGUGUCAGGCCCAAGAGGACUUUGCUCGGAGUGAAGAGGAAGACAUGCAGGGUGAUUUGGAGCAUAUGUAUGUGGCAGACGAUUCUGGGCGACGACAACAGAUUGAGAGGAUGUCAAACAGAUCAUAUGAGAAGAUACAAAUCGACCUCGAUCUCAACGACCGGGCAGUUAAAGAAGUGCUGAGAAAAUUUGAAAAAUGCAACCUGAGAAUUCUGAAGUUGGAAAAAAUCGAAAACUAUGCUCUGAAGCAGCUCUUCAGCUUCAACAGAAAACGUAUACAAGCUCAACCUCCGCGUCUGUACCAGUGUGUGAAAGCACAGUUCUGUAACCUGAUCUGCAGAGUGGGCUUCCAGAGGGAAUACGCACCACCUAAAGAACAAAAGUAUGGAGCUGGAAUAUACUUCACAUCUGAAGUGGACAAAGCAAGAUCUCUGUGGGCAGACAAUGGAGAAGAAUAUAUCUACUUCAUUGAAGCUCAAGUACUCACUGGGAAAGACAAACGUGGUUCAGCAGAACUGAUUGUGCCUCCUCCAAUUGAAAAAGAUCCUCUGGUUCGUUAUGACAGUGUGACCAGUGGGAGCGGCAUCCACAUCAUCUUCAAUGGCCAACAGGCCUACCCUACGUACCUUAUUACGUGCAGCAGACAAGCUUUGUUUUAACUAAACUCUCCAUUUUCCAUCUAAUUUCCAUAUUUUAUCUAUAUUUUAUCUAUCUAUCUAUCUAUCUAUCUAUCUAUAUCUAUCUAUCUAUCUAUUUAUUUAUUUAUUUAUUUUAUGGACUUUCCCGCUGAGUCUCAGCACCACAUGGUUGAAUGGCACAUUUAAGAAUGAUAGAAAAUGGGACAGGGGGUGUAUAAAUGUAGGCACUACCAUUAAUUAAUUUAUACAAUAACCUCUGCAGAUUUACAUAUAUAUUAUUUUUGAUUGCACUCUUUUGUGAAGCUAUGGCACAUUUUAUUUUCAUUUUCAGUACUGAGGUUUGAAAGUGGGUGGUGCUUUCUGGUCUGUCUUUGAUUGCAGCAAUAAAAUCGAACAGAUUUCAUAUUCA